AGGUUUUAGCCUAGGAGCCGUGUUCAUCUGCCGAGAGCCGCAUAAAGUUCUCUGAAUCUCUGCAUUCAACAUGUCUCUUGUGGCAAACGAGGAUUUCCAGCACAUACUUCGUGUUUUGAACACAAACGUAGAUGGGAAGCAGAAGAUAAUGUUCGCUCUUACCUCAAUCAAAGGUAUUGGCAGGAGAUUUGCUAACAUUGUCUGCAAGAAGACUGAUGUUGACAUGAACAAAAGAGCUGGUGAACUUAGUGCUGCUGAGAUAGACACUCUGAUGACUGUGGUUAGCAACCCUCGGCAAUUCAAGAUCCCAGACUGGUUUUUGAACAGGAAGAAGGACUACAAGGAUGGCAAGUAUUCGCAGGUGGUGUCAAAUGCGCUGGAUAUGAAGUUGAGGGAUGACUUGGAGAGACUCAAGAAAAUCAGGAACCAUCGAGGUUUGAGACACUAUUGGGGCCUUCGCGUACGUGGCCAGCAUACCAAGACCACUGGUCGUCGGGGUAAAACUGUUGGUGUUUCUAAGAAGCGCUGAGCUCUCACUUCCGCUUUGUUCUCUACUGUUUUUGAAGAAUGAGAUAUAGUUUUAUUUUCAGAAUGCUUUGGAUUUUGUUGCAUUUUAACGUUAUUUGUGGUUGGGUUUGUUAGUUUGAUUUUUCAACUUACGAAUCUUAUGUCUUUUUGGUCCAAUUUGUGGUUAGAGGCCAUGUUGAUUUCCAUUAAAUAUGCCCAAGUCUCGAGCAACCUAAAGCUAUCUUAGAAAAAGUAUUGAGUUUGAUUGAAAUAAUUAUUGAGAUGUGCAUUACCAUUGUAAGCACAAUGAAUAAAAGGUAUAAGAUAUAUAAAAUAUUAAUGAAUAAG